AUGAACAGCUCGGCCUCGGCAUCAGAAGCUCCGCCACCAGUCCCAUUGCCUGACCUUAUACUCUCUUUAGAGCAAGCAACCCUCAUGGCUAAACAACUCCCAUCCACCGCUCAUCCAGACCACCUCCUCCAAAUUUACUCCUCUCUCCAUCAAGCCCACCAAAAUCUAUCUUCAUUCAUUUCCCAAACCCAAUUCUCCCUGUCCCCUCCUCCACCCCCUCAGGCCGCCGACGACGGGGACCAGCCGAUGCAAGUAGGAGAUGAUGAUUAUGAAGCUGGAACAGAAGACAAUUUUAAGGCAACAAUUGACAAGGUGGAGGAGAAGAUGAGGAAUUGCUUUAUCAAGAAUAAGAGGCUUAAGCGGCCGCUUUCGCCAUCAUCGGUGGCGGAGGAAAGGAGGUUGGUAGAUGACGGGGACGCCAGAGGAAUACCUGGUUUCGAUCCUCAUGCAACCAGAUUAAGGGCUCUGGAUCUUGUCUUCCAGUUUCAUGGCUGA